CUCCUCGACUCGCGAGCGAUUCGUAGUGACAGUGUACUCGCUGGAUGCUGAGGCUAGAGCGGUGUGUAGGUACAUCGUAUGUUCUCCUAGUUCAGCCAGUUUCCAUGUUUACCUGCCAGUCUUUGUUCAGGUGAAAGGAGACUACAGGAGUCUAAUUGAUAAAAGCCACAUUUCAUGGACCCAGAACAUAAGCACCGUCUACAGAUAGCAUGGGCUCAGCUUUUGGAAACUGUGGGCAACGUGAUUGGAGUUGUUGAUGGCCUGUUCGCUAAAAAAGUAAUCACUCGGGCCAUGAAAGAACGAAUUAUGCAGGGGCACACAGUAGAUUCAGACAAACUACGUGCCUUGAUGGAUUUGUUGCCCAAACGUGGGCCUGAGGCUUUUGAUGCAUUCUAUGAUGUCCUCAUCGAGCAAGGAGAAUUUGAGGCAGCAGACGUUCUCAAACCAGAAUUAAGGGACAAGCACAAAGCCUUGAGUCCACCACAUCCUGCGGUGGGCAUCCAGGAGACUGCUGUGUCCCUUAUCAUAGAUGAUGAUUUGCCUGAAAAGUGGCCAGAUCCAUCUGUUCAUGAUCCUGUUCGCACGAAAGUAGUUCCAGUUACUGAAGAGGGAAUGCGUCAGAACUUUGCAAAUGCACUUGCUGGCAGCAAAUCUAUAUUCCCUUUGUGGCGGAAAACGCGGGGCAUCUUCCUGCUGAUUGACAACAACAAUUUCAAGGAUGCUAGGACUGCUGGUUUGGAUCUGGGAGACAGAGAUGGGACAAAUUUUGACAGGCUUGCACUUGACAUGUUGUUUCGGCAGCUAGAUUUUGAUGUAAUAGUGGAGAAGGACUGCAAGGCCCAGGAAAUUGCAGAUGCAGUUCAAAGAGAAGCAGGAAAAAGCCACCUGAAUUUUGACUGUUUUGUGUGUGCCAUUCUGACACAUGGAGAGCGAGAUAUUAUAUAUGGGGUGGAUGGCAAUAAACUACUCCUUGAUGAAAUAAUUGCAUUUGUGGAUGGAGAAAAAUGCCCCACACUUAUUGAUAAACCCAAAAUCUUCUUUAUCCAAGCCUGUCAAGGAAAGAAAAAAGACAAAGGAGCUGGUAUGGUGGAGCAAUCAAGUGCAGCAGGAGACAAGCCUGCUGAUGACAGUAUCAGUAACAUUAUCAGUCGUGUGAUAAAUUUGAGGAUGCAGACUGAACAACAUGAUGCUGAAUUAGAAAAAAGGACUGGUACCAAAAGUGACAUUUUCUUGGCCAUGGCAACGGUACCAGAUUUUGUGUCCUGGCGCAACACUAAUCAUGGGACAUGGUUCAUUCAAGCUGUUGUUUUCAUCUUCUCCACACUUUGUCACAAAUAUGACCUGUUGAGUCUAAUGACUAAGGUGAACAAUCUGGUUAGUAGAGCAGAGACAAAGGAAGAAAGAUAUAAGCAGGUAUCAGAAUUCAAAUCAAGCCUCACUAAAACAUUCUACUUCUUCCCUGGUUUGACAAAGGAAGUUUCUUCCCAGCUUAUGACAAGUAGUAGUGAUGGAAGGCAGACAGCACACGUUCAUCCACAACAACCUCAACAGCCAGAGGAUACCUCAAGCAGUGUAAUGUACGGAUGAUUUAGUUCAAAGGUCAUGAGUGUUGUGCCAUUUUAAGAAUAAAACUUUGCCCCAGGAAAGAAAACUAAGUUUUUUCUUGUAUUCCACAUGAGUGCCACAGCAAAGCAGCUCCCUCUUCUGGAGAAAAGGACACUGGAAAGAUAUUUGUACCACCUAUCUGUAGACUACCAUAUCUGGUGUGGAUCUUUGCUCAGUCCUAUCAGAAUGCUUGUUGAUUGACAUCCAAAUUAUGUUUCAUUAUAUUUUACUCUUGUAUCAGUGCACAAUGUGUGGAAAACACAAUAACCAAAAUAUGCAAUCGAUUUUACAAAAUGUCAAAUACAAAACCAAAAUAUCAAAUGCCUAUUGUGUCUAGCAAUGGAAGAUGGUGAACGGCAUUCUAUUUGCCAGAAGUACAAAUCGUAUGCUUUAUUCAUUCUGCUUAAUGAGUUUAGUAAAUGGAAAGGUUAUUGUUGUAAAUAUUCUUUAAUAAUCCUUGUUUGUUUAUACGUGACAGAUAACAGAAAUUAAAAAAAAAUUAGAUUUUUAUUUAAAGCUUUUUUAAAAUAAUAAGCUGAUAAUAGACUGUGUUAAUGUUACUAAAGAGAAUAAAAACUGGCAUGUGGAAUGUUUGACAAUUAAAAGUGACAAUUAACAGUG